UUUUAUACUUUGUUUACGUUUUUAAGCAAAAAAAAGGCGAAUUUAUUAAUUACUUCUAUGCCAAACGAUGCCCUACGCUGGUCGUCGUCCAAGUGCAGAUCGCAUGUGCGACUCCGAGUACAUAACGCCUCGUAAAAAGGGCGCUCAAAAAUCGAUGAGGCUUGGGCAUGAGAAUGCUGGGAUCGUCAAGCUAUAUCCAAGGCAUGAGAUAAUGUUUUCGAAAGAACCUGAAUUCGAACAUUUCGCCAUACGAAAGGAGUUGAACGACUUUGCGAUAGCGCGUGACCGUAGCUCCUUAAAAUCCUGCUCAACGAAUUCGCUGGAAAGUCGCAUCGAUCGCCUGUCGACGCGCAUGAAAGCAGGCGCCAAUAAUCCAGCCGAAAGACGUGUACCGAAUGUUGUCAUGUCACCCAGCGAAUGUAAGUCCAAGCCUCUGGGUCUGCAUCACUUAAAUCCUAAAACAAAGGUGAAUGUAAUUGAAGUAAAGUUAAGUCAAUCUUCCACCAAGUCAGGCAGUCCGGUAGAUUGUUUCACGUAUGGCAAAUUUUUGGAAGAGGAAAAGAAGAAGCCAUUUAAGACGCGUGGGACGCAAUCGUUGUACCGCGAAUCAUCUGCGCAAACCCUGCCGUUUCUUCCCGAUGUAUCGAAUAAGCAGGAUGAAUUAGAGCAAAUAGAACUUUUUAAAUUGCCCACCAUAUUGCCUGGCGACGGUCCUCCCGGUUUAUAUCAAGUCGAAGUACUAGAACGUAUCCGAAAACGCUGGGCUUUCGCACAAGCUCUAAAAGAGAAUCUACGCCGGCAAAUAGAAGAAGUAAAGGAAAAAGCUAAACCACCCGAACACAGUAUUAUCUUACAGGCUUUCGAAUGGGAACAUUGGAUUGAGCGCGAAGAGUACAUACAAGAAUGUCAGAUGUUGCGACUCGAAAUUCUUAUUGGUAUGUUUAAUAAACGCGAAGAGGAAAUGCAUGCAAAAUCUAAGACACGCAUCGAGCAGAGUUAUGAGCAGAUACUAGCGCGUCGUGAUGCCUCAUUGCGUAAAAACCAAGUGGAAUACGACAGGGAAAUGCGUCAAUUGGAAAUUAAACGUCGUCGUGUACCUAAGUGUUGGCGAAAAGAGAAUAUUCUCAGUCAGCUGGGUAGUCCCAACUCAGAGUUCUAUGGACCGCAGUUACGGUAUGGCGUCAAUCCUUCCCGCAGACACUUUGUCGGUGGCCGCAAGGAAUUCGAAGCGCGUAUGGAUGAUUUAGAGAAGCGUGCGGUCAAAUUUACGAAGCUUGUGUGUCCGUUCGCGAAGCUUAAAAAAUGGGCGACACCCAAGCAACGUUUCUUGGAAAUCGAACAAAAUUUUUGUUCUGAUGAAAAUCUUCAAAAGAUGUAUGAAACACUAUCGACGUUGCGUAAGCAAGCAGUAAAACAGAAAAUAAUCCCGAAAUGUCUCAUCCAAAAGACCCAACAAAUUCAAAUAAAAUCGGAUGCCAUUAAUCGACUCGAAGAAGAAAAAAUACUUGAGGAAUCCGAGGAAAUCCAAGAGAUCACAGAAGAAAUACCAAGCGCAGACGAUCUUAACCGUCCUGAAUACGCGGAAUUCCGCAAAUCGUUAGAAAUCAACAAGCAGCAUGCACAACAGCUUUUACAAGAGCUCUAUAAAGAGGAACUGGAGGCAAUGAUUCACGAAUAUGAAGGUUGCACCAUCGGCUGGCUUAUGCGCUUCCUAUCCGAGGAACUGGGUCGCAUGCAAGAGCAACGCCUGCUUCAAUAUGUUAUUAUGCUGGCGCAGAAGGAGCGUUGGCGCCGUGAAGCCGCCGAAGCCGGACUGCGACAGAAGGAAAAUGAAAUGCGCCAAAUUUAUGAGCAAAUAUAUACUGAUUCCUAUUUGGCAAGUGCCGACAUAUGCCGCAAAUAUCUUAAUAUGAUUUUGGAAAAUGACAUUCCAGGCAUUGCUCGUGAUAAGGCGGAAGCUGAAGUUGUGGACAUGGCACGAGUUAUCGAUACUGACAUACAACGCUGGUUAGAUUCAUUGUAUGUCAUACAAAAUCCAUUGAAUUAUGAUUCUUUGCAUUAUAAACUCAAGAAAGCAAUAUUUCCUGAUCUAAAUGACAUAUUGAAAGAGAUUGAAACUAAGGAAACAAUAGAAUAUAUCAUCGAUAUGCUAUUCACAAACAUAUUCACACUUUUGGAACCCUACGAUAUAGGCACGUUUACGGCAAACGAAAUUGUGGAUCGUCUACUCGAUCUGGAUUUAUAUUAUUUCAGUUCGGAAGAGAAUUCAACCUGCUCUUGUGCCGCAUGCGAAUGUCAAGAGGAAGAUCGCGAAGUCAGAGCUUUGGUACGAAAGUUGAUACGACAAGUUGUGCCAGGGCGGCGUUGGAAAACACCAGUGGAGCGUGUGGCUAAUGAGAUGGUGAAAGAUUUAAUCAACAAUGUUAUUGAAGAAACUUUCCAAAGAGGUUCUAUAUUCGAAAGUGAAUACAUGAAUCAAUUUUGCCAACUGCAAAAAUCUCCCUCACAAUUAAACCUGUUGUCGCCAAGAAAUCCUCUCAAUUUCGAUCAAUCUUCAUCACACUCUUCCAGUGAAUUGGAAAAAAUUGUGUCCAUCGUUAAAUCAGAAUACCCUGUGAAGCAUGAAGUAGCUUCACCAAGCUAUAAGAGUAUAGACAGCUUUGUAUCUGGACGCCUGCCCAUACCUGAAGCAUUCCUUUUUGAUUUUUCCUAUGCCGGGUCCUUUGAAAACGGAGAAGAUAAAGAGGACAUAAAAAAUGAAGAUAAAUUAAAAGCAAGAGUUGUAAAUCACAUCUAUAAAGAGCUUCUCAACUUCUUAGGCCCAGCAGAAGACAAUGAAAGUGUGGACGAAGAGGAAUUGUGCACAAGUAGAAGCGUUCAAAGUGGUUCAAGCGAUCAAUGUGGCUUGCGCUUAAUCAUAGAAGAAAUUUGCAACAAAAUUACCCAGCUCAAAGACACAAAUGACAAUACUGGAAUAGUUCCACAAUCCGGUGGAAUCACAGAAACAUCAGCAACAUCUUCGCAUAUUAAAACGGAUUUCGAUCUCACCGAAAUCCAUCAUACAACUACGCCACUCGACCUAGUCACUGGUAAAUCCAGUGAAGAAGAGUCGGGCAGCACAAAACAACCAUCUUCAAUGAAAAGAAAAAGUCAACUAACCGCUAAAACCGCACAAAAAAUUGAACUUACGGAAGACGCUUCCACAGAAAUGGAUGAGAAAUCAGUACAAAUACGAGAGAUCGCAAAUAUCAAGUCGGUACUAAUUAGCGAGGAUGAUGACCAAGAGGAGUUCUAAUAGAAAGAGAAGGAGGAGCUAGAAGUCAAUGAAUGAUGUGAAGAUAGAAUUAUACGUAUAUUUAUAUGUGCAUAUGUGAAAGAUUUAAAGAAAUUUAUAA